GAACCUCUUUUUUCUAUAAAUUGGGACCCCCUCUCUUCACUUUUACACACACAAACACAAAUUCCUUCAAUAUCUUUACAUAUUUCAUCUUCUCUACUCUAACCUUUUGAGAUUUCUUCACCAUGGGCAAAGACAAGAGCAGGGCUGCCACCUCCGGGAAAUCAAAGUCCAAAUCCCGGGCGCCUACGACAUCCUCCGAGAAACGCCUCUACUACGGCGAUGGGUCGUACCUCUGGUUCGAUUCCGAGGAGGAGCGCACCCGCUUUCUCACUUUCUACUCUAAACGGGUUGUUGCUCCCCCACGGAUCGUCCCGAAGCGCUUCCUGGAGCUGCAGGGCUACGACGACCUCGACGUGCAGCUUCAUCAAGCCGGCCUUUGGCCAUUCGUCUCCCGGGCUAUGAAGGAGAUCAACCCGGCACUGAUUCGGGUCUUCUACUCCAACCUCCGGCAUGAGGGCGACGUGCUCUACUCUCUUGUCAAGAGCACGCCGAUAGAGCUUUCCGUUGAGCAGCUUGGGCGCAUCGCCGGCCUCCCCUACCAAGGCGACGACGUCUCCCAAUAUGGCGGAGAGGACUGGGUGCUCAACAACGAGGGCCUUAUCCUCAAUGAGCUUGGCAUCACCGAGCUUAUCCGCCAUGCCUCGGGCCGCCCCACCAUCCACUCCGCAAACCCCGAGAGCCGGCUUCUUCUCUACAUCAUGUCCCGAAUCAUCAAGCCCCGGAAGCAUGGGCACACGAUCAUGUCCGGUGAGGACCUCAAGCUCCUCCAUGCGAUCAUGCACUUGGCGCCAAUCAAUUGGGCGAAGUUUGUCAUGAUCAACAUGACGAUUGCCGCAUCCCCCGACCACGAUCACCUCCUCCCGUACCCGUUCGUGGUGAUGGACAUCCUUGAACGGUUCAAGGUGACCACCACCGUUGGCCCACUCACGAAGGCCACGAAGAUUUGGGCGAUCAGCACCCAAACCUUCAAGAAGCGGUCGGACAACGCCGGACCUGCCACUGCCACUGCCGCGCCAUGGCGUCUUUCGGCUGCUGGCCCAGCCGAACCCCAGGCUCGGGCUAACCUCGCCUCCAUCGCCGACUCCCUCAACCGGAUGCACUUCAAAGUUGACGGGAUGGAUGGCUACCUUGAGAGGCUUGAAGAGGCAGUCCAACGCCAAGGGUACGCCAUGAACGCGUACUUCCAACGCGUUAACUACGUCCCCCCACCGUACCAUGGCACAUUCUUUGGGCAAGUGUACGGUGACGAGGACAAAGAUGAUGCCUCCUACGCCCCAUCAAGCUCUCCGGACGAAGAUGAGUUCGACGAUGCCAUCGAUGGGGAUGAGAUGGACGUCGACGACGACGAAGAAACCGGAGGCGAAGAGGAGGAAGACGAAGACUAGGCCGCCCCUAGCAUUUUUUAUCUCUUUUUUAUUGUCAUUUUUUUACUCGCAUCCGUUGUACUCCAUUUUAAUAAAUAAAAGGUAUCUUU